AUGGAAGAACCCGGCUUGACCCAAGAUUCUGAGCAGCCUGAUGACACCGCUGAAGCUUCAGGAAGCAGCGAUAGUAGCGGUGUCUCUUCUCCGGAAACACGACCGGAAUCUUCGGGAUCAACAACUCCCGUUGCGCCUCCUGAAAAUGCAGCUCGUCGCGUCCAACCUAUACAGAUGGCGCCGCCUCGCCAAAUGUUGCGAGGAGAGUUGGAGAACAACAACCACUUUGGUGCGAUGAGGGAUCGUAUAUACCACUCGCUUUUUGUGCGAUUUGCAAUGAGCUACGAACGACGAGUGGGGCCCUUGUGGAGGCAGGCCAUCGAAGCGGCAACGCUGUUUUUGGCUUUCUAUCUUCUUGCGACCCUAUUUUUCCUUCACUACUACGGCACGAAGAACGUUGCGAAUUGCUUGACACACCUGAACACGACAUGGCCACGUGAUGGCGUGCUGCGCGUCGAGGUCAUACGCAAUUUGGAAGUGCUCGAGCAGAAGGAAAGGUGGAUGCGCUAUAUACAGCAGAUCCAGUCCCAUUCAUCGGGGCGAACGUGUUACUUUAAUCCGGCCAACGUGCUCCGAUUUGGGCCUGCCAGCAUGCCGUCGGAGAUACGAAUGCUUGGAUAUCAUGGAAAAUUGAUGCGUACCGUCGAUUACCCGGAUUCUGGCGAAGCAAAUAUGUCCUUCCUUGCUCACCUGCUGCAGACGGUACCCGAGCUCUACAAGCGCUCGUUCCUUUAUAUGGAGGACCCGGAGCACGACAAAAUGGUCGGAUAUUUUCGGUCGUUUGAUGACGAACAUCUGUCGGUUUUGGAAGAAGAGUAUGAUCGGAAAAUCGCUCCGGAGACGAAACCGGCUUACCAAUAUCUUGCCGAGUACUCGCUGCUAUUCGGGCUUUUGCGCUUGCCAACCGACUACCGAGAAAAAUUUAAUAUUCCGACGAUGGUCAUUAGGAUUGAUGCGGAUGCCAAAUGCCUCGAAGGCACUGUCAGCGCCCGGUUCUUUUCGUUCCUCGCCUUCACCGACGACAUCGAAGAACGGAUUACGGGUGAUCUUCGCCAGCUUGCGAAGCAUGAGAAGGAUUAUGGCUACCUACACGAUCUACGCACGAAUGAGAUAUUCCACUUCAUUCAGUACGACACCAGCCGCUUCAAGUACAUACCGGCGUUUUGUAUCAUGAUCAUUUUGACUUUCGUGAUCUCUGUGAUGCUCCGCUUCUCCCAUCAUCAGAUAUUCCUGCUGAUCGUGGAUUUCCUACACAUGCUCGAGACGAAUCAUGCCGUCCAGUACCCGGCCGCACCGAUACUGACCGUCAUUCUGGCAUUAGUCGGUCUGGAGGCGAUAAUGACCGAGCUGUUCACCGACACGGUCACCGCUUUCUACAUGAUUCUGAUCGUGUGGGUGGCCGAUCAGUACGAGACAAUCUGCUGCCAUACAAGAAUCAGCAAGGUCUAUUGGUUGAGGUUUUUCUACUUGUACCAGUUUUUCUUCUACGCAUACCAGUAUCGCUUUGGCGGACAAUUCAGCAGCGUGCUGAUGUGGGUGAACGCGACGUUGACAAUUCACUCGAUGAUCUUCUUCUUUCAUCACUACGAGUUGCCGCACGUCAUCCAUCAAAACCGUAUGCAGCACAUUCUUGAUGAGAUCCGCCAAAAUCCGGUGAUGCCAAAUGCUCCAGCUCCUGCGGUCCGGCUGAUCAACGUGCACCGUUUGCGGCGAAUCAUCAACGAUCCACCGGAAGAGGGUUCGAAUGGUCAUCCACAGCCACGCGUCCUUGAAGGCGAACACGUUUCCGUAGCGUAU